UAUAUACACGCCCACAGUACAUUAUGGAUUUAAUAACAGUGGUUGUGCUAACAUGUUCAAUUAUUAUUGUGAAAUUCUUGCUCAAAGGCGACCCAGAGCCUAUCAAUGGAGUUUAUUCACAGCCAAACAAGUGGUACUGGAUAAAAUUCUACGCGUUUAAAUUUAUUUUGUGGUUAAGAAAACGGGAGCAAAAUAAGGUCAACGGGGAAAAUGCAGGAAUGGGUCGAAAAUCAAGAGAUUCGCCAGAAGAAAUGGAUAAAGCACAAGUUCUACAUAAGGAGCAUCCGAAGGCGGUGGAUGCUGUGUACCUGACCGGGAGUAACAAAGACGGCCAGUUCCUUGUGACAGCAACAGCACGACGUCAUGGCAACCACGUGCAAACCAUUGUCUAUCUUAGGUUACCGGAUGUCGGCUUUCUAGAGCUGCCUUCGAUGCCGGACACGUCUCUGAGAGGGUCACAGGAAGGCGAGUACGCGGCAGGGGGUCUCCACAUCCGGCCCAUGGAAACCAUGAAGACGUGGAGCAUAAAGUUUGAUGGCAAACUCAGACAAGUGUCGUCUGGAAAACUUCUCAACGUGACCUUUGACCUCACUUGGACGGCUUGCACGCGCUACUUCGAUUUUGACAUCGACCUUCAUCCUGACACGUUGUGUGAUGCUAUUGCACGAGAAAAGUGGUCCAGGACUUUCUUCGACACGCUUAAAACAAUCCAUCAGACCCAUUACGAGCAGUUCGGGGACACAAGAGGAACCGUCCACAUUGAGGGCCAUGACCCCGUAACCUUCGAUGUAAGGGGAGUAAGGGACCACUCUUACGGGAACAUCCGGAACUGGCGACAGCUCCACCGGUACUGCAUCCAGUACGCGAGUUUCGAGGACGGGUCCAACCUCAACAUUUCAGCCAUAUCCAUGCCCGCCACGACAUCUAGACUUCACUGCGGGUUUCUGUUCCACCCUGACGGCAGCCUGGACAAAAUGUCUUGGUGUGACCUUGAAUUCCAUCACCUAGGUGACGACGGCACGCCAGUGUCUGACUUUACCAUUAGGUUUAAAGCCGGCGACAAGACGCGCACCGUGACGGCGAAGGUUCUGGACACACGUCAGUUCUACAUCGGUGACGGCAGAGACGCCAAGAUAUUCGAGCGCUAUGUGCGAUACGAGAUGGACGGGGUGGUGGGGUACGGACUCAGCGAGUGGGAAUACGUAAACAACGACGGAACAGACCCACAGAACAACAUGGGACUGAACUUUUGAGACCAACACAGGCUACAUUCGCGGAUUUGGGAUCUCGAGUUAAAGGGGGUUGUUCAUGACAUGAACCGCGUCAUGCGAAAAUCUAUGUUAUGCCAGUGUAGCUACAGACCAGCAUGUGCAAUCGUGUGAUUAAUCACGCUGUCUGCUGAAAAUCACGCAAAGUUUUGUGGUCUGAUUAGCAUCCUGACCAGACUGCGCGUAUUCAUAUGGCUUAAGAUAAGCAUGACGCGGGACUUAUUCAGGAACAGUAAAACGCUUUCAGCUACCUUUAUGGGUUUGCCAAGAAAUCAGCAGUGUAUCGACAGCAUCCGCAAACAUUUGAAAAGAAAAAAACUGAUGGUUGUGAUGGACACCAAAUGAAUAAAACAUAUAGGUUCCAACUUAAUACUUACAUAUUGUGUUUUCAUGUAUUUUGAUGCCUAUAGUCGAGUAUAAGACAAUUGUGACAACUGGUAAGUGGCUUUUCGAUUGUUUCUCCAAGAGAGAAAAAUGUCAUGUUAUCUGAUUAUUGAAAAGUAUUAUGUUAUUUCAUUACCCGUGAAUUAAAAUGGCUUAAUCAAUGACAAUCUGUAUAUUUGUUUACAUGUCACACUUAACAACAUAAGUAUAAAUGCUUUUUGCUUUCAUAUUGUAUGUAGUAAUUUGAACAAUCAUUGUAUUAAUGCUUUUUGCUUUCAUAUGUAUGUAGUAAUUUGAACAAUCAUUUUAUGUAUAUUUUACUGCAUGUUUAUUUGAUUUGUUCAGCUUAAAGCACAAUGUGACACGUU